UUGAGGAAGUCGAGUAAUAGAUCAGGGAAUGAAGAGCCCGUGUUUGUUCUAACGGUGAGGCGCUCAAGAGUUCAGGAAGCGCCAAUAAAACCAUCCUGAUACUAAACACACACUCACUCGGGCGCACUUAACAGGACUGUGACUCGCGUGCGCGCACGGCUGGAUCGGGACACUUUUGCAUUAUGCAUUCGGACUGCAGGCUGCUGGGAUGGACGCGUCGGUAAUGGUGGGCAGAGGGACCGGAGGGGCUGCGGUCUUCAUCCUGAUCGUCUUCAUCCUACUCCUCGGUGCCAGAAGCUCUCGGGCGCAGAAGGGGGACGGCUGUGGACACACAGUACUGGGUGUGGGCAGUGGGAGCUUGGCGUCUCUGGGGUACCCUCUGUCCUAUCCCUCAAACUCUGUGUGUGAAUGGGAGAUCAGCGUGACCACUGGACACACAAUCAUUGUGCGCAUUACCGAUCUUGACAUAGACACAAGCAACUGCCAGGUGUCUUACCUGCGACUCUAUAAUGGCCACGGACCAGGGCGAACGGAAAUUGUCAAGUUUUGUGGAGGAAAAGAAUGGAGAGACACUGUCAUACAGUCGGAGGGGCAUCAGGUCACAGUGCAGUUCAUGAGUGGACCCCACAACAACGGCCGUGGCCUUUUUCUCUCCUACACCGAAAGUCAGCACACAGACCUCAUCACCUGUCUGGAAAAAGGAGAGCACUUCAGUGAAGCAGAGUUCAGUAAAUUCUGUCCUGCUGGAUGCCUGACUGAUUUCGGAGAGGUUUCGGGAACCAUACCGCACGGAUACAGAGAUUCUUCUCCUCUCUGUCUGGCCGGGAUUCAUGCGGGUGUGGUCUCCAACACUCUGGGGGGGCAAAUCAGUGUGGUCAGCAGCAAAGGCAUCCCACACUAUGAAAGCUCACUGGCCAACAAUGUGACAUCUGUGCCUGGAAAUCUCUCCCCAAGCCUUUUUACUUUCAAGACUAGUGGUUGCUAUGGCACUUUGGGAUUGGAGUCGGGGGUGGUCAGCGACUCUCAGAUCACAGCCUCUUCAGAGUGGGAAUGGGGCGGUCACGGAAAGGAGCCCACUGUCUGGGGCCCCACAGGGGCUCGCCUCAAAACACCAGGACGUCCGUGGGCAGCAGCCAACAGCGACACAAAAGAAUGGAUUCAAGUGGACUUGAAGAAAGAGAAAAAAAUAACAGGUAUUACCACCACUGGCUCCACCCUCCAAGAAUAUCAGUUUUACGUUUCAGCCUAUGAGGUGUUCUAUAGCCAUGAUGGACAGCAAUGGAAACCUUAUCAAGAAGUGGAAUCAGAUAAAAACAAGAUUUUCCAAGGCAACACCAACUAUCUCCAGGAAGUGCGGAACAACUUCAUUCCUCCAAUUGAGGCGCGCUUUAUCCGAAUAUGUCCCUUGCAGUGGCACCAGAGGAUCGCCCUUAAAAUGGAGCUGCUGGGCUGCCAACCUCAUGCAGCGAGGCCAAGAAUCUUCCAUCCACCCCCUCCUCCACCUCGCAGAAAAAGCACAGUGCCCCCCCUACAGGAGAGGACAACGCAAACGCCCAACAUCCGAAACACCACCAUGCCUCCGCACUCUCACGAUGAUGUGGCGCUGGUGGCAGUGUUGGUUCCUGUAUUGGUGGUGGUUCUGACAACACCUGUGUUAGUAAUGGUUUGCUCAUGGCUGUGGAAGAACAGAAAAAGCCCUGAGGUGACUUAUGACCUUCCACACUGGGAACGCACAGUGUGGUGGAAGAGUAUGAAACAGCUGCUUCCCUCUAAAUUGGAUGGAGACGACUGUGUUCGUUACAGUUCCACGGCACGAGUGGACCACCAGAGACCCCGAGUGGAGCCUGCAGAAUACGCCCAACCACUUGUUACCGGUACAAUGGCCUCUCUUGGACAAAGGUCAACAUUUAAGCCUGAAGAAGGAGAAGCCCCCGAGUACGACGCACCUAUUCCCCCGGAACAUUACCACGCUUACGCUGAGCCGCUUCCUGCGUCUGGCACUGAAUAUGCCACACCCAUCAUGAUUGACAGGGCUAACCACCUAUCAGGAGGCACUCUUCCAUUUAGGGGGCGUGGUUUAGUGGCUCGGACAGACAGCAGCCAAUCAGCAAGCUCAGCCUAUGACACACCGAAGAACACAUCUGAUCAAGCCACACCCACAGAAGGAGAGUUGUACCAAGUGCCACAGAAUACCCACAAUGCACCGUGUCAGAAAAAAGACUGACGAAUCACAAAAGA